AUGAAGGUUCCUGUGAAUAUAAUCUACGGAAGUUAUAAAAGUGGACCUGAUGAUUCAGGUAAAGGUCACGAUGCACCUUUACCACCAAAGAUACCGAUGAAUAUAAAUUACGGAGGUUAUAAAAGUGGACCUGAUGAUUCAGGUAAAGGUCACGAUACACCUUUACCACCAAAGAUACUGAUGAAUAUAAACUACGGAGGUUAUAAAAGUGGACCUGAUGAUUCAGGUAAAGGUCACGAUGCACCUUUACCAUCAAAGGUACCGAUGAAUAUAAUCUACGGAGGUUAUAAAAGUGGACCUGAUGAUUCAGGUAAAGGUCACGAUGCACCUUUACCACCAAAGGUACCGAUGAAUAUAAUCUACGGAGAUUAUAAAAGUGCACCAUCACCACCAAAGGUAUCGAUGAAUAUAAUCUAUGGAAGUUAUAAAAGUCGUCAUGAUGAUUCAGGAAGAGGUCACAAUGCACCAUCACCACCAAAAAUACCCGUUAAUAUAAUCUACGGAGGUUAUAAAAGUGGACCUGAUGAUUCAGGAAAAGGUCACGGUGCACCAUCACCUCCUCUUUAG